AGCGCUUCUCGAAAUCACAGCAAAGGCGAAAUCGUCAAAGAUGAUCCUCCUGAUGGUCCAAAAUGUGAGGAACUCUACAUUGAAUUUGACAUGCAGAACUACACUCUUUUGUCUGUUGGCGAUCCACCAACCACUACCACCACCACCACCACAACGACUACAACACAACCGCCAACGACCACCACUUCAACGACAACCGUAA